AUGGACAAAGAGAAUUAUCUUGACCAAGAAGUUUUGUUGAAGGUCCAAAAUAAUGAUGAUAUUUUGAAAGAGAAUCAGUUCAGAUGGGUUAUGUUCCCGAUAAAGUAUAAGACAUUUUGGAAUUAUUAUAAAGAGAUAGAAUCCCUCUUUUGGACCGCCGAGGAUUACAAUUUCGAUAAAGAUAAAAUAUUUUUGGAAAGUAUUGACAAGAAUAUGCUCGUGAAGUUAUUCGAACUGAUAUGUUUUUACAGUUUAAAGGACCUACAUGUGUAUGAAGAGCAAUCACUGAUUACUAGCAAAAUGCUUGACAUUAUUCAGAUUCCAGAAGGGAGAGCAUUUUACGGAUUUCAAAUGUGCAUGGAAAAUAUACACGAUGAAGUGUAUGCAUGCAUAUUCGAAACAUACAUUCCUGACGCGAAAGAGAAAAGAGUUAUUAUUAACAAGGUUAUACAAUUAGACAGCGUAUUAAAGAAACAGAAAUGGCUAACAGAAGUAUUCGAAUCGAAUAUACCAUUUUAUAACAAGCUAGUACUUAUAUACAUUUCGAAGGUUCUUUUUAAUGGUACAUUAAAUAUUCUCAUUGGAUAUUGUAAAGAAAAUUCUAUAUUACCAUGCUUAUGUAAUGUUCAUGCGAAAAUUCACCGAGAUGAAUAUCUUCAUGGUGAUUUUUCUGUUAUGUGUUGUAAUCAUUUAAAUAACAAAUUAAAAUAUGAAAGUGUUUUAGAAUAUUUUAAAAUGGCUGUUCAGUUAGAGUAUCAAUUUUCUUUGGAGAUGUUAGAGUUAUCUGUUUUGAAAAUAAAAAAGGAACAAGUGAAAUUAUUUCUUGAAUACUUAGCUGAUACUAUGUUGGUAAAUUUAAAAUAUCCCAAGUACUUUAAUUCCAAAUAUCCGUUCACUUGGCCGGAAUUUAAUAAGGUCGUGGUAAGCGAUGACCAUAAAUCAGAGUCAGUCAAAAAGACGGAAGAUAUUUAUGGAGAGAGACAAAUAGUCCUUGACGAGGACUUUUAA